GUCAGACAGGUCUGCACCCACACUCUCAAGGUGGUAACAUCAGUAGGGUUAUAGGAAAAACCCGAGUUUUGCCACUACAAUCUAUUCUAGCUUAGAAACCAAUAAUUGCUAGUAAAAGUAAGUUAUGGUGCAUUCUACAAAUUCAAGUGAGUUUAGGAAAUGUAAUUGUUUGUAUUAUGCCACCCUUAUCUCAACACGUCUCAGAAAGUUUUGAAUGCAGAUGUGACACAGUUAUGGACUUUUAUGAAUUAAGGUGCACUGUAUAGGCUACUCGAAGAUGAUGCAAUAAAAGCUAUGAUUAUUGGUGGGUUUACUUUGGGUCGGCGGCGACGAGAGGGAGCAAGUACAUACAAUUACGCAAUUAAGUUGGUGAGUUGUCAUUUAGAAUGUUUUCGGAAUUUACGGGAAAAUUGAGGUACUGCGCCCUCACGUAAUUCUGCCUAGAAGAGAACUACAGGCCGGCUGGUAUUUUCGCAAAACCACCAUGGUGUCAAAAGUCAGCAAGCACAGUCAGCGAGAUGUUGCUGUCAUGGAUACGGCGUCUCUGGGGGAGGUGACAACUCGAAUACAAAAACAAAACGGUAGCUUGUGAUAUGCAGUUGGAAGUAGCCUAUUUUCUAGCAAAUAAUGCAAACUGUCUGUUUUUAGCUUCUGUACAUUCCAGAUCUGUGCGAUGGAGGGUGACCACGAUGGAAUUAAGGAGCACCUGAGGCUGCAGUUCCAAGCAUUGCAGGAGCAGCAAGAAAGACGACUCCAGCGAAGGCUUGUGAAAAAAAGGAAGGAUACGGACAGUGUAACUGCUUGUUCUUCUACAGAGACUUUGCAAAAUCAGGAGGAAUUAAGUCUGUCAGGAUUGGGCACAGAUCAAAAUAAUGAUCUCGACCUAAGAGUAUUGCAGAAUGAAAACGAACUACUGCAGAACCAACUCAGAGAGGUCAAAGAUGAAAACGGAAGACUCCACAAGUUAUUAAAUGAGAAAGACUUUGAAAUACAGUUUCUAAGAAAGAAGAGAGAGGAAGAGAGACUAGCACUGGCAGGUACGGCUGGUUUGGCUGGUGAUGCUGCAGCUACCAAGAUCGUGGAGCUGUCAAAAAAGAACAGGGCGCUUACGGUUGAAGUUGAGCGAGAAAGAGCCAAAACAAAGCAAGUUAACAACCGUGUGAAGGAGCUGGAGACUGAGUUACAAGCUGCACCUCAAAUGAAGACAAAUACAAGUAAUAAGCCAAGAACUACAGAGGAAACCCAUGAGGUGAACCCAUUAGUCAGAUCCCUACAGGACAAGCUCUCAGCUGCCCAGUUCAAAAUGACUGAAUAUCGCAAUCAGAUCCAAGCUGUCAAACAAGAUCUGAAAGUAGCACAAAAGGUUUGUGCAGCAGACACAGGUGAGGAUGUUAACAUCCAGCAGUUGCUUAGUAACCCAAGUAGCUGGAGAGGACGUGCUCAACAGAUACUGGCCUUACAAAACAAAGUGCGGGAUCUGGAACAGCAGCUGGGCCAGAGGAAGCAGCCAGAUACCCUUACCCUGGAGGAGGAGAUGCUGGGUCUCAAGGGCCAGCAGGGGGUGCUAGAGAGAAACUUCAGCCACAUCCGCUCCAUGGAGAAGGAGAGAAAGGAAACUUUAGAGAGGAUCACUGAGGACUACGAGGUGCUUCUCAGAGACCAGGAAGACACAAAGAAGAAACUGGAGGCCUCAAGAGCCAGAAACCGAGUGCUUAGCAUGGAGGUGAAGACACUCAAACACCAGAUCUCCACCCUUGUGGAAAAAGGCAAACAUGACGAUGAACUGGUGGAUGCCUUAUUGAAGCAGCAGGCGCAGCUGCAGGAGGUGCUGAGCCGCCUCAGUCAGCAAGACAAGCAGCAAGCGGAGUCCCAGCAGAGCCUGGGGAAGCAGCUGCACAGCGAGGCCCAGAGACACGGCUCCCUGGUGCAGCAACUGCAGCAAAUGGUGUCUGAGAGGGAGACCAAAGUCAUGGAGCUGGAGCAGGAGAUCCAGACACUGGCCCUAAAGAAAAGAGAAGACGUGAGCUCAGAGCCCAAGGCUGCUGUUUCGUUGAGAGGAGAGAGUGUUUGCAGAUCAAGGUCAGCACGUUCUUUCUCCACACUUGGACAUAAAUUGGUUGAAUCUGCAGCCAGUGUACCAGUAGGGGGCAGUGUUGAAGUAAGAGAGUCACAACCUCUUAGCUAUUAUCCUGACUUCUCUGCCAGGAUCAAAUCCUUACUGGCUCAGUGUACUGAGUACAAGGCACUCAGCCAGGCCGCUGGCGUGGAGAGAGACAGGCUUUUGGAGCUUGCCAAGGUGCAGCAGAACAGAGAGGGGGGCUUGAAGCAGAGGUGCGAGGAGGUAGAACUGAAGCUCCGUGAGGAGCGCCGCCGAGCCGUCGUCCUCGAGCAGCAGCUGGAGAAGACGAAGCUCGAUCAGGGGAGAACGGCGUCCAGCCAGCACAAACUCCCCAGCAGGGGCAGGGGUGGACUUUCCUCAAGCAUCAUAGGCCUACCAGACAGACAAGAAAACGUCUCCCCCAAAAGUGCUGCAAACUUAAGCCAGGAGGCCCAAGUCAAUGAGCUAACCAUACAGCUGGCCACUCAGAUGGAGGAGAUGGAAGCCCUGAGAGCCACUCUGAAGGCCACUCUGCAGGCCAAAGCGGAGGACCUGCAGCUCUACAACGACAUGAUGAGCCAAGUCAAGCAGGUGUUUCUGCACGCCCUGCGACAGCACAAGCAAGACGCGAGCCACGAGGGCUAGCAGGACGUUAUGGCAUCCCCCCCCCCCCUCCGAGCUGUCACCACGGAAGGCAGUCUGGUUAGAGGCAGAGCGCGGCCUUACAACAGGACAGUGGCAGUAAUGAUGCAUGGUAUCUCUUUUCAUGCCUGAUUACAUGGGCUUAACAAACAUAAUCAGGGUCCUUGCUUUUCCCCCUGUGCAGAAAAUGUGAUUAAAAAACAAUAGGUAUGCUGUUGGAAGAUAUUGGAAAUGUCAGAAUGGGAAAUGUUAUUGAGAUAGUGUGCACGGGUUAGACUGACACGUCAAAGACUUGUUUCAUGCUUGUGAGGUCAGGAGACUCUUUUGUCUUUUGCUUUGUGUAGUUCAGAUGAAAAAAAAAUAUAUAACAGUUAUACUGUUAAAACCUGGAACUCAUACCUUUGUCAAUCUACUGCACCCGUUAAAAGCAUGCUUAAUACUGCCCAGUGGAAAAAAACAAGUCCAGAAAAUCAGCGGUUGGUUGUAGAAUGGGCUAGACCUUACAAAAUAUACACUGGCCUACAGUUUAAAUAUUGUUUAAAUGUACUGGAAUACUAUCCAGACUGUUGUGAAUUGCUGCAAUGAUACUCUAAGUGAUACAAAUAUAUAAAUGUUUUUGAUGUAAACACCAGCUCUAAAAUGGACACAAUCGACCAGUGAAACCCAUUUCGUCCAGUCCAAAGAUAAAUAUUAGCACAGUGUGUAAUGUAAAAACAAGAGAGCAACCGUCCCCCACCCCCACCACCUUUCAAAAACAGAAGAACCACACAGACAUACACGUAGGCUAUAUACAUAAAACAUCUCUUGUGAUGAAAUUAAAUCAUCACUGACUUGCAAAGUUGCAAACCAGCUGUAGAGGAUCUGUGGACAUAAAAAUGCGACGAAACUGCACAAGUCUGUACUUAGCCCCCCCGUAUACAUUCCCCCCGAGCCUUGGCAAAUGCGCACAGUACAUUAGCUGAGCCACCCCAGCCGUCUGGAGCCCAGUCCCCUGUGUUGCCUAGCUGGAUCGGCCUCUUUCAUACUCGCGUACACAAGAAAUGUUCUUCCGACUUGGCAGAAGGGAUUUCAGCAGUCGCCACCCCGCCCUCCCAGCGCUGCUCCAGUACGCUUAAUUUAAGCCUGUGGCUGAGGUACUGUGUACAGCUUGAAAUACGGCACUAUUUCUUCUUUCCCAGAACCCCUAGGGGACACUGGCAAGCCCCUAGGCUCCCGCGAGCAAAGGUACCACAAGUACAAAAAUGUCACAGAGAUGUCUUGGAUAUGAUGGAAAAUAGGCCUCUCUACACCGGGAACUCGGCUUACACCGAAAGCAGCUUCAGGGAUGGGUGACGAUGGGGAAUGCUUCGGUAGAGAGCGCAAAGUGACUUUUUGACGAGACGGAGAUGAUAGGGAGGGGGCAGUGGCAUGGGAUUUCUACCAACAGCCUUUUGGCAUACGCACGGUAAAUCCGUUCAAGGGGAGUCCAGUUUCCUCUUGCGGUUGAU